AUGGAGAAACAACGAUUUGGAUUACAUAGAUGGAAGAUCAGAUUCAUUGGUAUAAAAUUGGAGAACAUUGAACUAAUUUUGGAGAAACCACAUGGAAUGGCAUCGUUCUCCAUGCGAUGGAUUUGCAAAGCCCUGCCCGUCAUUUUAUCCUGUAGCUUCCUGAUAUUUGUAGCGCUCCAACUGAUGCACACGAAUCUAAUAACGACUGAAGUGCCAGUCACUUCAGCUAGAACGACUGAAGUAUCAGUUUUGGUAGACACCAGGAAAAAAAUGAACAUGGAAGAUUUACUAAAGGAUGUGCAGAUUCGAUUGCCAAGUUUGCCUCUGUGGUCUUUGAAUGCAACGAUACAGACCAAGCCUUUGUAUAAAAAUGCAACGUGUGCUAGGUAUCCUUCGGUGUUUGAUUUGGAGUUUAAUAAUAUUAAUUGGCAGACUUUGAAGACGUCCAAUGGUACGUUCCAGUUGUACAAUGCGUACUAUGAUGCGAGACGAAAAAGUUUAAUUGGACCAUCUGUUAGAAUUUUGGGUAUGAUCGAUAGGAUAGAGCCUACUAUAAUCACUUAUUGUCAAUUCUGGUUUGCUGAUCAGCAGACUCCUGUAUUCGCAAAGUUGUUUGAAUACAAAUAUAUUUGGAACAAAGCUUUUGGCAACUACAAACAAAAUAUUUACCAGCCUUACUUGAUGACGUGUAAAAUACCAGUUAAAUAUCAUGGUCGAAUACCAGCUUCAGUUUCAGUUGUUGAGACACCUUGUGAUAAUGCCACCAAUAACUUAAAUGUUCUGUACGAUAAGCCUGUCAAGAAAAAAGGAUUUGCAGUUUGUGUAAAAGGAUUAGAUUUUCUUUAUGAAGAUUUAUCUGUACAUCUUGUGGAAUGGAUUGAGUUGCUGAACAUUUUAGGAGCUGAGAAGAUUUAUUUUUACGAAUUGCAGGUUCAUCCGAAUAUUUCCAAAGUUUUGAAAUAUUAUGAAAACAGGGAUAUGAUCCAUGUUACUCCAUUGACUUUGCCAGGUAGUCAACCCAACAUUCCAGGAUUUCAACAUUUGUACUUGACAAAGAAGACAAAUACCAAGCGUCAAAAUGAAGUCAUACCUUACAAUGACUGCCUGUACAAAAAUUUAUACAAAUAUAAGUACAUAGCCUUGUUGGAUAUUGAUGAAGUAAUCAUGCCUGUUAAAGAUGCCAAUUGGAAAGACCUAAUGUUGAGGAUACGUCCAAAAUCUAUGAUAAGAAGAAGAAAGAGAACCAGAGCCAGUUAUGACGUCAGGAAUGUGUAUUUCUUAGACAAACACUUGCAUGGGCAUGGCUGGUAUAAGGACAUUCCCAAAUACUUGCAUAUGCUGCAGCAUGUGCACAGAUCCCAAAACUUUACCAAACCAGGUCAAUAUGUAAAAUGUUUCCACAAUCCAGAAAGAGUUCUGACUUUACACAAUCAUUAUCCUUUUGCUUGCAUUGGAGGAGCCUGCAGCUCUUACCCGAUUGAGACUGCAGAUGCCCAAAUGCAGCACUAUCGAGCAGAUUGUGUAAAUGGUAUGCAAAAUUGUGCUGAAUACAGCGAACAUAGCAUUGAAGACACGACUAUUUGGAGGUAUAAAGAGAAACUUAUUAAAAGAAGUAACUCAGCUUUGGCUGCUUUAGGUUUCUUCGGGGAUAGCAAAGUCGAUAUACAAAGACGGUAG